UGACAGUGAAGAAAGAGUAGCGGCGAUAACCCCUUUCUUCACCCACUUUGCCUUGAACAAUAAGAAAACCAAAAUCCAUAAGCACAAAGUAAACCAUUUCAGAGGGUAGAGUGUGAAUCACUCAACAUUCUCAGCGAGUGAAGAUGUUCAGGAACCAGUACGACACCGACGUAACAACAUGGUCGCCGGCGGGAAGGCUAUUUCAAGUAGAGUAUGCAAUGGAAGCAGUAAAACAAGGAUCAGCAGCAAUAGGUCUUCGAUCGAAGAGUCACGUCAUUCUCGCGUGUGUUAACAAGGCUAAUUCUGAACUUUCAUCUCACCAGAAGAAGAUCUUCAAAGUUGAUGACCAUAUCGGUGUUGCCAUUGCCGGACUCACCGCCGACGGCCGUGUACUUUCUCGGUAUAUGCGUUCGGAAUGUAUUAAUUAUAGUUAUUCUUAUGAAUCGCCGUUGCCUGUUGGUCGACUUGUCGUUCAGCUCGCUGAUAAAGCUCAG